AUGGUUUUUGACCGGGACAGGUUGAUGAUGUGGCCAAGACCGGCGGAAACGUCCAGGGUGAGAUUGUUCUUGAGCACCGACCUGACCAGCUGGAGCGACGACUCCACUUUGACGAACUUCUCCGGGCUGGUGUUGGAGAGACCCGUGACCUCGUUUUUCAGUGACCAUUGGAACCCGUUGACCGGGAGAGUGUUUUUGGACGAGGGAAGGAACUGGAGCGUGGUACGUUUCACCAAAGAAACGGCCGCGGACGCGGACGCAGACAGGUUUGGCAGCAGUUUGAUUUUCUCCAUUCCAAACGUUCCAGAAGAGACCCACUGCUGGUCGGACUGGAACUUUGUGUCGUUGGAGCUGGAAACAAACCCGUUGGCAAAUAGUCGCAGCGACGGGUCCACGAGAGGGGCCUUGUACAGCACGUUGAGCAGGCGCAGCGGGGCGUCCGGGACGAGGCUGGCAAGCGACGACACGUUGAGCAGCUCGGCGUUGCCGAAGGUGUUGUGGUUGAGGUUGAAGUUGGCCGCGAGUCCCAACGGGGUGUCGGGCACGGACGGGUCGGGCACCACGGCCACCGACACGGUGUCGAAACAGUUGGUGAGCGCGAGGUUGGCCAACGAGGCCUGGCAUCGCGUGGUGAGCUGGUUGACGGUGAGGUCUGCCGAAUUGAGCAGCGGCGCCAACAGCUUGGAGAAGAAGUUGUCGGAGAACUGGUCGCCGCCGGCCACCGACACAGCCUUGAGGUUGACUCCUGCGGUGGCGUUGUUGAGGAGCACUUCUGACGGAGAAGACAUGGAAAAACAAGAGAAAAAGAUAUUUUUGUGGGGGGUGUUUUAUCAGCGACGCGGCGGGCUGGCGAUGGGAACAGGUCGUGGGGGAGGAGAUGGUAACACACUGUUGCUGUCGUAUACUCUCCUCCUGGCACGUCUUUGUCUGCUGGCACAUCUUUCUUGCUGGUACGCCUCCCUCUCGCAUAUGGUCUCCCCCACUAACUACUCUACGUCCUUCGGGACAUUUGGUCAAUCGAAAAAAUACAGAGAAGAUUAG